UCAUCCACAACACAACACACAACGAUCCAACAGGACAUUAUUGGAAAAAUCAAAGCAGACAAUCAACUUUUCUGAAGUCAGCUUCGGAUUUUAACUGUUGGAGUUGUAACAGGAAAAAAGAAAAAAAAAAAAAACAGAGCAUCAACAACAAUGGUGAAGAGCACGAGCGAGAAGCCUGCUGAGAGGAGCGAUUCGAGGUACAAGGGUGUCCGGAAGCGGAAAUGGGGGAAGUGGGUGUCUGAGAUAAGACUGCCCAACAGCAGGGAAAGAAUCUGGUUGGGGUCAUACGAUUCCGCCGAAAAGGCGGCUCGUGCUUUUGAUGCCGCCCUUUUUUGUUUGCGCGGCCGGACUGCCAAGUUUAAUUUCCCUCACAGUCCGCCCGAUAUAGCCGGUGGCAGGUCGCUGACAUCGGCCCAGAUCCAAACGGCGGCAGCCCAAUUCGCCCACUCUGCCCCUUCAACUACUCACUCGGAACAAUCCACUUCCGAGCUCCAGACAGAGCCACCGUCGACGUCGCCGUCGCCGUCGCCGUCACCGUCGCCGUCACCGUCGCUGUCGGUUUCAAACGAGACGGUUCAGUUGAAUUUGGAUGGUGAGUUACCAAUGGAUAUGCCGUUCUUGGAUCUUCUGAGUAUGGGUUCGGGUCCUUUCGAGUCGGAUUAUGGGAUAUUUCCCGGAUUUGAUGAUCUUUCUAUACCUAUGCCGACGAUUGAUUACGGAGAGGAGAUUUUUGAUGCCUCAACAACACAGGGAUCCUUUCUCUGGAAUUUUGAUGCCUGUGCCGGCGCAGCUGCUUCAGGUUCCGGACAUUUUUUUUAGUUUCUGGAAUUCCGGCGGUAUAAUGACCGCGAACAUUGGAUCUGGCAAUUUCGGGCCAAUUUUUUGAAGGGCCCUUGUUUUCUCAUUUACCACGUGCCUUAAAUGUAAAACAGUGUAGGAAUUUUUUUUUUGUGUAGACUUUAUUAAGUAAUUCUUUCAAUUGAAUUAAAAAUACAAUUAAUUU